UGAUUACAUUGAUACUUUGAACACAAAAGUUAAGAAAAAAAAAACGUUAUUGUGCAAUGAACAGCUUAUGAAAUAAACUGUUUUUUUCACGUUAUGCGUAGUUGAGGAUCCUUAGAAUAGUGAUUAGAAUGGUUGUUUUGACCAAGUUGUCUGCUUAAAUCACAAAAGCAAACCCGAUUCACGCUACGAUUAUGUCACGUUACUGUUUUUUCUGAAGACCCUAUGCAUUUGAAGUAUGCCAAAAGACACAAUGAGAUUCAAGUAACACAACGUAUUGAUAAGUAUUUUCUUUUAAAAAAAUUACAUAGUGGAGUGGUGUAUUGAAAAGCAUGUUGACGAAGCCUGUGACAUACAAAACGACACCUACAUCAACUUCACCUCCUGCCGAUUUUUCCAAUAUGUCGGAGGAGGAUUUAAGAAAAUUUCGUCGUCAAAAAUUCGGAAUGGAGGAAACAACAUGUUCGAAAACCGAUGAAGAUCUUAGAAAACAAAGAGCUGAACGUUUUAAUACCAUUGAAAACACAAGUGAAGAAGAAAAAAAGAAAUUAAGGGAGAAACGUUUUAAUUUUACGAAACCAACUGAAUCAUUAACAAUCGAUUCCACAGACCAAACCGAGAUACUGAAAAGGAAAGAACGACUCAAACGUUUUGGCACUCCUCUUACACAAAAUUCCUUAAAUUCUAACGAAACGAAUACUAAACAAAAAGAUUGGGACUCUAAAAUUUUAGCUCGACAAUUACGGUUUGGUCUUUUAUCAAAAAAGUAAUAAAAAAAUAGUUGCGUAGCUUUAAUGAAUCAAGUUAUAUGGAGAUAUAUAUUCAAGAUUUAAAAUUACACCUUAAUGGCUAGUAAAGAAAUAGUAUUUUUUGAAUCUGUUCUAUUUUGGUUUUAUGACAAAUAACGGUUUUUAAU